GUGUUUUUGGGAUUGUACUAGAGAUGGGCAUUCAUAGGCUCCCUGAAAUUACGGACUACUGGUCCAAGGAUCCCCUUUUAGGUGUACAAUCUGUGAGCAAUGUAAUGUCGCUCAAAAGGUUCCAAAGUUUAUGGCGGUAUCUGCACUGUGAGGACAAUACGUCCAUCACUGAUGCACGUAAGGUAACUAGCAAGCUAAAAACUGUUUUAGAGACUCUUAAAGCCAACUACUUCAUGAGGUAUAAUCCCAGUCAGGAGCUUUCCGUUGAUGAGAUGAUGAUAAAGUACAAGGGUCGUAAAAGCGGGAAAAUUCAUAUGCCCAAGAAGCCUGUUAAACUGGGGUUCAAGGUAUGGUGCUGCUCAUGUUCAUGCUGUGGGUAUCUCUGUGUGUUUGAUGUAUACAGUGGUAAGCUCACCGAUUCCUCUGGGAAAAAGAUAGCUGUGAAAGGGCUUGUGAAAAAUGUAGUCCAUCGUUUACUCACUCCUUUUUAUGGUCAUCAGCAUGUUGUGUACAUGGACAACUUUUACACGUCCGGUCCAUUGAUAGAAGAGUUGGCUAAGAAAAAUGUGUUUACUGUCGGCACAAUUUUGAAGAAUGCUGCUGGUUUCCCAGCAAGUCUUAAGGAUGUGGUACUCGACAAAGGUGACUAUACGUCCAUGACUGUUGGUGAUAUUUCUUACUCUAUGUUUAACGACCGUAGAGUUGUGUCCUUUGCAACAAAUGUGUUCCCUGACCAUAUGCCCUACACUGUAAUGCGAAUGCACAAAGACGGUACCCUACGCUCUCAGAGUGUCCCCCCCUGUCUCCCUGCAUAUAACAUGUACAUGGGAGGAGUUGACAAUACAGGGCGUAUGAGGAAAACCUAUGGGUACGAUAGAAAGUGUCGGCGGUAUUGGUUCAGGAUUUUCUUUCAAUUCCUUGACGUUAGUGUGAAUAAUGCAUACAUUCUAUACAGGCACAACUGUGUCAGGGUGGGUUCAAAGGCCAUGCCUUUGAAAGGGUUUCGAUUGGAACUAAUUCAUAGUCUAUUGGGUGUGCCACGUACUCGUAGCAGUGCCUCAGGUCUGGCCAGUCUAAAUAUCGUUUUCCCCCCAUCACAGGGCGCACGUGUGAGUACAAAUAGUGUCGGAGUGUCUCGUGGGCGCUGUCAAGUGUGUGUUCGGGAGAAGAUCCCUAGCAGAGAGCAUGCAGCAACACACUGCAAUGGCAUGUCCCCACUGUCGCAUAAGAAUAUGCAAAGGACACUCUGUUAUCGGACACACAUGUGCUAGCUAAUGUGCUGUGUG